AUGGCGAUCAUUUCUCCUACCAUUAAGACAACCUCGUCCUCGAAACUCAUCACCCUUGCCGCCGGGUGUUUCUGGGGGGUGGAACACAUCUUCAACAAGCAAUUCCGCAACCAAGGCCUCGUCGACAUCAAGGUGGGUUAUGCCAACGGCAUUGAGUCCCUCACUGAUAUCAACUACCGCAAGGUGUGUCUGGGGGAGACCAACUUUCUGGAGGCGGUGCAGAUCUCAUACGAACCGGCGCAAUUGCCUUUGCUGGAGAUCUUGAAUCUUUUCUUCAGAAUGCAUGAUCCCACCACCGUCAACCGCCAGGGCCCCGACCAGGGCACCCAGUACCGCAGUGGCAUUUACUACCAAACCGAGGAAGAGAAGCAAGCGGCGCUCGCCGCCCGCGACGAGGCGCAGAAGACGUGGUACCCCAACCACCACAUUGUCACCCAAAUCGAGCCGCUUAAGAUCUGGUAUGACGCCGAAGACUACCACCAAGAGUACCUUAUCAAGAACCCCGGCGGCUACGAAUGUCCCUCGCACUUUAUUCGCACCCUGCCUAAGGCUUAG